GAUAAACUUUCACUUCCAAGUUCCAACCAAGAUAAUAACCCUAGCGUACUCUCUCUCUCUCUCUCUCUCUCCCUCUUUCUUUUCGUUCUCACUUGGUUCAUAACCACCGCCGUCGAGCAUCUCGAUACCACCGUUUCUGGCUUGGUAGCAGUACUAUAGAGCUCAGGGAGGAGGCGGUGGCUGGUGGUGUUGGUUGUGGUGAAAGUUGUUUUGCUGAUCAAUUGUGGUUGAGGUUUGAAAAGAAGAGAAGCGGAAAAUGAGUUCAGACAGCCGCAGCCGAAGCAGAAGCAGGAGCAGGAGCCCAAUGGACCGUAAGAUCCGGUCUGACCGAUUCUCCUAUCGUGAUGCACCUUACAGGAGAGAUUCACGUCGGGGUUUCAGCCGAGACAAUUUGUGCAAGAACUGCAAGAGGCCAGGUCAUUUUGCUAGAGAAUGCCCUAAUGUUGCUAUUUGCCACAACUGUGGCCUCCCAGGGCACAUUGCUUCAGAAUGCACCACAAAGUCGCUGUGCUGGAAUUGUAAGGAACCUGGCCACAUGGCAAGCAGUUGUCCAAAUGAGGGCAUUUGCCACACCUGUGGCAAAGUUGGACACCGUGCUAGGGAGUGCUCAGCUCCUCCUAUGCCUCCAGGGGACUUGAGGUUGUGCAACAACUGUUAUAAGCAGGGCCAUAUUGCAGUUGAAUGUACUAAUGAGAAGGCGUGCAACAACUGUAGGAAGACAGGUCACCUCGCACGUGAUUGUCCAAAUGAUCCCAUCUGCAACUUGUGCAAUGUUUCUGGGCAUGUGGCUAGACAGUGUCCAAAAUCCAACAUUCUAGGGGACCGCAGCAGUGGUGGCGGUGGUGGUAUGGGUGGUCGUGGUGGUGGCGGCGGGGGUGGUUACAGGGAUGUUGUAUGCAGGAACUGCCAGCAACUGGGUCACAUGAGCAGGGAUUGCAUGGGACCAUUGAUGAUCUGUCACAAUUGUGGAGGUCGUGGUCACCUGGCCUAUGAGUGCCCUUCUGGUCGGUUUAUGGAUCGCUAUGCACCAAACACAAGGAGGUACUGAUCCAUGGCUGAUUGUGGAUUACUAUUAUAUGGUUGUUUUAGAUGAUUUUAUCACCGAGGACAGAUUUGAAUCUUGGUAGUGUUGUGUUGGCUUUACUCUUUCUUUUUUAUGCCAAUCUGGCUGCCAUUCAGUAUUUUUAUUUGUGCUUGUACUAGAAAUAAAAGUUUGCUACUUUUAAGAGGUGUGGAUUGUACACAUUAUGUUGCCGGAUAAGGCCAUUUAAUUUCGAAUUGAUCCAGGACAUGUAUUUGUGGUCA